AUGCCCGAUCGGAGUCGUGAAUUCGUGGACUCCGGGCUCCGCUCGAAUCGAGACCUAGCCGCCAAGGGGUUACUCCAGGAACUUUCGAAGCGAGCUGAAGACGAGAUAUGGCUAGAGUCUUUAUCAGCGUGGACGGAUGAGUUCUCGAACACCUUGUCAGUCUGGCUGGACCCUGAUGCAAUGGACCUCAGCCACGAAAGCUCGCAGUCGCCGGGUCAUGGAUCCCGUCCGUUGCGGCACAUGGUCCUCGACUUGUUGGACAGACAAGAGUCGCAAGAGGAAUUUCUAGGGUGUAUCUAUCUUUCCAAGGUGAUCACGGAACCCUCGAUAGUCCUCAAAAUGACGACGAACGAUACCAGGAACUUGUCCCAACAGCUGGUGAAAACCCAGUUUGUGGAGGCAGAUGCCGUUUCUUUGCAAAGCAGAGCAAGCCAUCGUUCCUCCGGACAACCUUCCCGCCAUUCUAUGCCGCGGCGGCCUACCAGCACAUACAAGAGGAACCACUCAGACUAUGGGUCUUAUUCAUCCACUCCUCAGCGAAUGUCCAAAUGGUCCACUGUUGACUUGAGCAGAGUUGGGGAUCCCGUCACAAUGGCCAAAAUGAUUGCGCGGCGAGCUACUCUUCUUGGCUGGUUUGACGAGGCUUCUAACGACGUUGACGACGACUCAUCAUAUGCUUGUGUCGCUCUCAAAGACUCCCAAGGGCAGUACGCGUUGAUGCCUCAGGAUACUGCCUCUCCCCUCGUCAGUGCUAUUCAGACAAUUGACGAACCUGCGGUCAUGUCCAUGAUCUCGGAGAUCACGUCCAAGGUGGUUGCGGAAAUCACCCCUGAGCAGAAAUAUCUUUUGGUGGAAAGUACCGGCGCGCGUAUACCAGUCGUCGCAGCCCUUGGUGAUGUGUUUGUCGGUCUUGCACACACUUCAAGUGCCUGCAUUGUCUUGAAGGAGAAGCUUGUCCUCCUGUGGUCUCAUGAGCCAGAUUUUCUUCUCAAUACAGCGCACGAAGUUGAGAGACAGCUCGUCGAACUUUCAGGCGUUUCCGGCGAAUCAGGCGACCCUACUCCUCACUUCUCUGCCAACCAGUCUGAGUUUGAGAAGGCGAAUGAUACGACAGCGACACCGAGCGUUGUACGGGGUGGGCUGGACGAGAAGAAUGAGAUCUACAUGAAGGCGGUUGCACUCGAAGAGGGCGAGGAAGACGAAGGGGCGGAUGUGGAAGCCAACCAGGCUCCACGACCUGCCGCACGGCUGCACGCUAUCAAGAUCAGUCUCGCCAUCAUGCUCGUAAUCAUUACGCAGUCACUUGGUGUGUCAAAGCUUCUCAACCAAUACUGGUGGGAUGGUCAUUGGUCGCGGUUUGGUCUGGUUGUCACUAUUCCUCCGUUGGCUCUCUUUUCUCUGUUCUUCUUCAUCGUUUUGGUGACGAGUGUGUUUCAACUGUUCCUCCCGGCUUCGGUUUGCCUACAGAACACAAAGUAUCACUCUGCCAUCAAGCCCAACCCGAAGAGACACAAGGACUACCAGCUUCCUCAUAUUACUGUGCAAAUGCCCGUUUAUAAGGAAGGCCUGAAAGGUGUUAUCGUACCCACAAUGGUCAGUGUCAUGAAGGCGAUCCAGCACUAUGAGGAGCAAGGCGGCACUGCUUCCGUGUUCGUCAACGAUGAUGGAAUGCAAUGCAUCAAGCCCGAGCUUGCCGAGGCCCGCAAGCAGUAUUAUAGAGAAAACGGGAUCGGGUACACUGCCAGACUCCCCAACUGCAAGAGCAACUCCAAGGGUGGCCUUAGCUGGCCAUGGUCUCAAAAAUCUGAGAACACCCAAGAGCUCGGCGACCUGAAGGACCUUAGCCCUCAGGAAAUGUCCAACAGACUUCAGUUCCAGAGAAAGGGCAAGUUCAAGAAGGCAAGCAACAUGAACUACGGUCUGGCUUUCUCUAUUCGGGUUGAGGACGAACUUCACCGCCUGCAGCGCCUCGAAUGUGAGAGACGAGGGUGCACUGACGAAGAUCUGACUGCCGAUGACGAUGAUGAGCUGUACGUCCAAGCCUUGGACAACAUGAUUGCCGCCGAUCAAGGCCGAACCUGGGCUGAGGGCAACAUACGCAUUGGUGAGCUCAUUCUGAUCAUCGACUGCGAUACUCGAGUCCCUGAAGACUCUCUGCUCUAUGGCGCCCUGGAGAUGCACGAGAGCCCUGAAGUCGCCAUUGUACAACACGGUUCAGGGGUCAUGCAGGUGGUGCACAACAUGUUUGAGAACGGUAUCACCUAUUUCACCAACAUUGUUUACACUGCCAUCAAAUACGGUGUCGGCACUGGUGAUGUCUCCCCAUUCGUUGGACACAAUGCGUUUCUGCGCUGGAAGGCUAUCCAGUCCAUUGGCUUUGUCGAUCCCACAGACGGACAACAGAAAUGGUGGUCCGACGCGCACGUGUCGGAGGAUUUCGAUAUCAGCCUUCGGCUGCAGAUGCAAGGAAUGACUAUCCGGCUGGCUACAUAUCACAACGGAGGCUUCAAAGAAGGUGUAUCACUCACUCUUUAUGAUGAGUUGACGCGUUGGGAAAAGUACGCCUACGGCUGCAACGAACUGGUUUUCCACCCAUUCUACCAGUGGAUCUACAAGGGACCAGUCACCAGGCUAUUCCUUCGUUUCUUAUGGAGCAACAUCCCCAUCACGAGCAAAGUUACCAUUACUGCGUACAUUUUUACCUACUAUGCGAUUGCGUCUGGUAUGGUCCUGACUGCUGUUAACUAUAUCGUCAUCGGGCUGUUUCCAGAUGACGUCGAUCAUCUGUACCAGCCUUCCUGGGGCAUCUGGUGCUCGUUGGUAGUUGUUUUUAACCUUUUCGGGUCUGUGGCGUUCUCUAUGGCGCGCCACCAACUGAAAGAGGAAACAUUCUGGCGCGCUAUUCUUGAGGCUAUCAAGUGGUUGCCUUUCUUAGUCAUCUACUUCGGAGGCAUUAGUUUGAACUGCGCUAAAGCCCUGCUCUGCCAUGCAUUCAGUAUAAACAUUGAAUGGGCAUCGACCGCCAAGGAGAUGGGUCCUACUGGCUUCUACAUCGGCAUGGAGCAAAUGGUCAAGAAGUUCAAAUGGACUUGGGUAAUUUGCCUACUGUUGGCUGCAAUGAUGAUCUACUUCGCUGUUGGCGCACCUUGGGGAUGGACUAUCCACCCUGGCACUGAUUCAACGGCAACUAUCGCUAUAGUCCCGCUCGCCAUCCAAAUUUGCAGCGCAGCCUUCCUACCAUUCUUCUUGGGUCUCAACUAG